CCAUGCCCCAGCUCGGUGGCGGCGGCGGCGGCUCGGGAGGCGGCAGCGGCGGCUCGGGCGCCGGGGCAGCCGGCGGAGGGGACGACCUCGGGGCCAACGACGAGCUGAUCCCCUUCCAGGACGAGGGAGGCGAGGAGCAGGAGCCGAGCAGCGACAGCGCGUCGGCGCAGCGGGACCUGGACGAAGUCAAGUCGUCCCUGGUCAACGAGUCGGAGAACCAGAGCAGCAGCUCGGACUCGGAGGCGGAGAGGCGCCCGCAGCCCGCCCGGGACGCUUUCCAGAAGCCACGGGACUAUUUCGCCGAAGUGAGAAGGCCCCAGGACGGCGCGUUCUUUAAGGGGCCCCCCUACCCUGGCUACCCGUUCCUGAUGAUCCCGGACCUGAGCAGUCCGUACCUUCCCAACGGACCCCUGUCUCCCGGAGGAGCGCGCACGUACCUGCAGAUGAAAUGGCCGCUCCUCGAUGUCCCCGCCAGCGCCACAGUCAAGGACGCCAGGUCACCGUCGCCAGCACACUUGUCUAAUAAAGUUCCUGUUGUUCAGCACCCGCACCACAUGCAUCCGUUGACGCCCCUCAUCACCUACAGCAAUGACCACUUCUCCCCCGGCUCCCCUCCCACACACCUCUCCCCAGAGAUCGAUCCAAAGACAGGAAUCCCCCGGCCCCCUCAUCCAUCCGAGCUGUCUCCAUAUUACCCACUGUCUCCUGGAGCUGUUGGGCAAAUCCCACAUCCCCUCAGCUGGCUCGUCCCACAGCAAGGACAGCCCAUGUACUCCCUUCCUCCCGGUGGCUUCAGGCACCCCUACCCUGCCCUCGCCAUGAAUGCCUCGAUGUCCAGCCUGGUUUCCAGUCGGUUCUCCCCUCACAUGGUGGCUCCGGCCCAUCCUGGUCUGCCCACCUCAGGGAUCCCCCACCCCGCCAUUGUCUCCCCCAUCGUCAAGCAGGAACCAGCGCCCCCCAGCCUGAGCCCGGCUGUGAGCGCGAAAUCACCAGUCACAGUGAAGAAAGAGGAAGAAAAGAAGCCCCACGUGAAGAAGCCUCUUAAUGCCUUCAUGUUAUAUAUGAAGGAGAUGAGGGCCAAGGUGGUGGCCGAGUGCACCCUGAAGGAGAGUGCAGCCAUCAACCAGAUCCUGGGGAGGAAGUGGCACAACCUGUCCCGAGAAGAACAGGCCAAGUACUACGAAUUGGCCCGGAAGGAGCGGCAGCUUCACUCGCAGCUCUACCCGACCUGGUCAGCCCGGGACAACUACGGUAAGAAAAAGAAGAGGAAGCGAGAAAAGCAGCUGUCCCAGACGCAGUCCCAGCAGCAGCAAGUCCAAGAGGCAGACGGUGCUCUGGCCUCCAAAAGCAAGAAGCCAUGUGUCCAGUACCUGCCCCCCGAGAAGCCCUGUGACAGCCCUGCUUCCUCCCACGGCAGCAUGCUGGACUCCCCAGCUACCCCCUCCGCGGCCUUGGCCUCGCCGGCCGCCCCGGCCGCCACCCACUCGGAGCAAGCCCAGCCCCUCUCCCUCACCACCAAGCCAGAGACCCGGGCCCAGCUGGCUCUCCACUCGGCUGCCUUCCUGUCAUCAAAGGCUGCCGCCACCUCUUCUGGCCAGAUGGGCAGCCAGGCCCCGCUCCUGUCCCGGCCCCUCCCUUUGGGGUCCGUGCCCACAGCUCUGCUGACGUCCCCCCCAUCCUUCCCCGCCACGCUCCACGCCCACCAGGCCCUCCCGGUGCUCCAGGCCCAGCCUCUGUCCUUGGUCACCAAGUCUGCCCACUAAGCUACCCCCCUUGACCCAUGCAGGCUGUCAAGUGACUCAUCGAGUAGUAAGGAUGCAGAAGGAAAAAAAAAAAAGGAAACUUUAUUGGUCAAUAUUUGACCACUCUGGACUGUUCUGUAAAGUGACUGGUAACAGCAGCACUUUACGUUUUGUAGAUGUAACCAGUAGCUGAUCUUAAGGCUUUUUUAAAAAAAACAAACAAACAAAAAUCUUAAAAAAAAAAAAAAAAACGAAAACGAGAACUGAAAAGUAGUGUGUUAUUCUUCCUGUAUGUGCAGCGGUGGAUGGACCUGGGCAGAAGGCACCCUUCUCUCUACCUCCUGGACUCUCUGCCCUCCCUCCUCUUCCCAUCGUCCUAGCACAUCCAACCUCCCACCCCCUGCUUCCUGGCUCCCCUCAAUCCAGCUUACACGUUGGCCCUUGUUGCCAUUUCUAGCCUCUUCAUCUACAACCCAUUCCUUGACAUUCCCUUUUACUUGGCCCACGUUUUUCUCCUGUGGGUUCAUGCCUUCAUCUUCGUCCUCUGCCCAGUGUAAGGCUGUCACCCCAUGAGAAGACACCUUGGCCUCCGUUGUCUCCACCAGCGCACCUUUCCCUAAACCACCCCGACCCCCCCAGCCUCCAGCUUUCUGUGGAGGAAGAGGUCCUCUAAAAUGGUUCUCCCCUGCAUUUAAAGGGACUCAAGGUGCCUGCCACUUCCUCAGCGAAGAAGCCUGUGUUCCACCCCCUUACCAGUCAAGAUGUCCCCUCACAGCCCUGGAGUGGCAGACAGGUCUGGCUCCUGUCACCCGGGAAUGUGCUAGCACAAUCUGCCAAAGCUCUGAGACCCUCCUCCCUCCCCAAUCACCUCACAUGCUUCUUCUGUGUGUAUUUCUUUUCAUUUUUAUGGGGUUUUUUGGAGCAAUUUAAACUCCCAGUUGUUUAUUUUCACAAAAGAAAAUAAAAUUGCAGUUGCAAGAC